AUGAUACUGGGAUUUGCUGAAGAUUACCAACAGAUUAUCAUUAACGCGAAGUAUGAUUUGAUUCUCACUCGUUUACACAAUGACAACAAUGCUAUUUUACAAGACCAAUCUGCUCAAGGGGCACACGCAGAGGACUUCAAAAUUUCACUCACCAAGCUCGAAUGGAUGAUACCCUACAUCAAAGUUGCAGAUUCUCGUAAAGUUCAACUGUUGAAUUAUAUUGCUAAAGAUAUAGCUACACCUAUUAGCUUUCGAGCUUGGGAGAUGUACGAGUAUCCUAUGCUACCGAGAACCUCCAAACAUGUUUGGGUAGUGAAAUGUUCAACACAAUUGGAAAAACCACGCUUCAUUAUUGUCGGAUUCCAGAGCUCUGGAAGAAAUCAAAUAACCAACAAUGCCAGUGAAUUCGAUCAUUGUAAUAUUCGAGAUGUGAAACUCUUCCUGAAUUCUCAGAGUUACCCCUAUGGAAACCUCAAUCUUGAUAUUACACACAAUCAGUACUCUCAACUCUACAACAUGUAUACCGACUUCCACACUUCUUACUAUGGUAAAGAGCCUGAGCCCUUGCUGAACAGGGAUGCAUUCUUGAAAACAGCACCGCUCAUCGUCAUCGAUUGCUCCAAGUAG